AUGUACGUGGUAUGGCGUUUCAUGUUGCCAGAAGCAGGAAAGGAGAUUUCGAAUUUUCACGUGGAAUCAGCGUAUCAACAUGCUGACUUCCUCACGGAGGCACUUCACGUCGGAGAUUUUGAGUUUCAUCGUAAUUUCGUGAUGAGUGUGGGACAGGAACGGUAGGUUUGGAUUUAUUUGUGUUUGAUCAAAGAACUAGGGGGGCAUUGUUUUACAUUUUUGCCUAUGGUGUUCUCAAUGAAUGGUGCUCUAGGAUGGGGGGCAAUUGGAUCGCUAUGAUUAUCGAAAAACUACAACUGGAAUGGUCGGGGAUGGAAAUAUAUUUCUAGCCGAGAAGGCUAUUGUUGCAGAUUCGAGUUGUGUUUUCGAUUAUCCUCUUGUGUUUUGGAGUUACUGAAAUAUCAUGAAGACAUGGCAUAGUCACAAGCUGGGGGACUGAUAGA